AUGUCUACUCAAACCGCCCUCCGUCUUACUGGCCGCAACUCCUGGGAGCAGUUGACUGCGUUCCAAGAGCCCCGUCCCACAGCUGGCAAGCAUGAGGUCCUCAUCAAAGUGCGAGGCGUUGCCUUAAACUUCCGUGAUAUUGCUAUCUCUACUAGCAAAUAUCCAUUCAAGGUCAAGGACCAAGUUGUCCCUGGGUCCGAUGCAGCGGGUGAUAUUGUCUCUGUCGGCGAAGGCGUCACAGGCUUCAGUGCAGGCGACAAGGUUGUUGUCUCUUUCGAUCAAGCCACACAAUAUGGCCCGAUCAAGAACUGGGAAAAUGGACUUGGUGGCCCAAUUGAUGGUGUUUUGAGAGAAUACAUCUCUGUCCCCGCGCAGACUGUCGUCAAGGUCCCGAAGCAUUCCGCCCUGAGCUAUGCCCAGUGGGCUAGUGUGGUCUGCACUGGUGUCACAGCCUGGAACUCUUUGUAUGGAGUUUCUCCAAUCAAGCCAGGCCAAAGUGUCCUGUUCCAAGGCACUGGUGGUGUGUCCAUCACUGGUCUGAUUCUGGCCAAGGCUGCCGGUGCUAAGACAAUUAUCACGUCUUCGUCGGAUGAGAAGUUGCGAUAUGUCAAGGAAAAAUAUGGCGUUGACUACACCAUCAACUACAAGACGACCCCAGACUGGGCUGCCGAGGCCCAGAAGAUCACCGAGGGACAAGGUGUGGAUUAUAUCCUUGAAAAUGGCGGCUCUGGGACCAUGAAGCAGUCGUUGGAGGCCAUUGCUUAUGGAGGAGUCAUCUCUGUCAUUGGUUUCCUGGCGACAGCUUCACAGGAUGAGAUGCCCGAUGUUUCGCUUCUUGCUUUGGGUAAGGCCGCGAUUGUGCGUGGUAUCAUAAUUGGCUCGAAGCAGCAGUUGGAAGAGGCUGUUCUCUUUAUAGGCGAAAAGGAUCUCGAACUGCCGGUUGAGAAAACAUUCCAGUUCACUCGCGAUCAGGUUGUUGAGGCCUAUUCUUACCUCACGAGUGGCCAGCAUGUUGGAAAGGUCUGCAUUGAAUUUUGA